CAUAUUUUAUCACUCCAAGCAUACAAUAAGUCCAAUAAGUUUUUUUUUUUUUUUAAUGUAUGCAGAGUGAGAGUACCUGACGGAUAAACCAAACAAUGGGAUAAAAUACAAAUUGCGGAAGGAAGGGAAGCAAAGAGUGAUAAUUGGAAAUCCUAAUAAUCAAAGCCAAACUCACUCACACACUCAUUGGAAAUCAACUCAGGCAAGGCAAAGGAAGAAGAAACCCUAAAAUAUUAGUAUUGAGAAUAAGAAGAUGCGGCUGAAUUUGUGCCACGUUUCGCUUGGUUUCGUUCUGAAAUUCCUGAAUUUUCUUCAAUGCUUCGUUGGCCUUUCCAUUCUGCUCUAUUCCCUAUGGAUGUUCAACGAAUGGGACCAUCGUGUCCCUCCCGAUCCUCCUCUUCCUCCUGCCUUCCAUUUCUAUCUCAAAUUCAAUUCCAUCAACCUACCCGCUCCUUGGUUCAUCUACGAUUUCAUGGGAUUGGGAAUAUUGGUGUUAUGCAUUUCUUUCUUGGGUUGCAUUGCAGCUGAAAUGAUUAAUGGCUGCUGCUUGUGUUUUUACACUAUACUCGUGGCAGUGCUUCUUCUUCUGGAAGCUUCUCUGGUGGGAUUCAUUGCACUUGAUAGUGAUUGGGAAAAGGAUAUUCCACUCGAUCCAACCGGUCAACUUGACGAGCUUCGAGCUUUCAUUGAAGAUAAUAUAGAUAUCUGCACAUGGGUUGGCAUUGCUGUGCUUGUGGUUCAGGCAUUAUCUCUACUACUGGCAUUAAUUUUGCGAGCCACAGUUUCUGCUAGGAGAGCAGAUUUUGAUUAUGAAGAUGGAUAUGAUGUUAGGGGUAGAAGUUGGGAGCCCCUACUGAAUCCUCAACCUGGCCAACCAUCUGGGUCUAGCAAAGGUGAUAAUAGUGGAAAUCACUCUGAUUUUUGGAGCUCGCGGAUGAGACAGAAGUACGGGCUGAACCAUGGUGGUGAUAAGUACAGCUACCAACCAUGAAUUCGAGGCGAUGAGUGCUACUAUACUAGUCAUCAAGCAAUUCAAUGCUGUGCUGACAUCUGAGUACAUGUGAAUAUCUUUGGUUUUUAAUGUUUUAUUUACUUUCAUUUGUUCUCAGGAAAAUUUAUAAUGUAAGCAAUAUAUUGGUGGUAUAUGUAUUUUAAACUAUAGUUAUUGAUUGAAGUUUAAGUCAUGUACUUAAAUAGCAUAGCAAGAGAGAAGAAUUGAAAAGAAGGCUACAAUACAAAGGACCCGAUGUAAGCACCUUCCUCAAUGUUGUACUGACCGUGCAGUCUUAAUAACAGUAAAAUAGUUAUUGACAUUGCUCUAUGGCUACGCAUCCAGCUACAUAGGUAGGAUAUGGAACACGUGAAACACACGUCUUGCAUGUGUUGCGAUUCAAUUUUUUUGUUUUUCUCAAGAACAAAUAUUUUGAAUAAGCUUCAUUGGUGUUUUAUAUAUUGCAGUGUAGAAAGUGAAUUUCUUUGAGAACUUAA